CUAUCUUCGCCGAGGCUGCCACACGGGCGCACGAAAUUCAGCACAAGUAAUCUUGUUAUUUUAUUAAAUAAUCCGCCCGGACGCGAUCGGUUUCUGAGCUGGACCCCAUUGUACCGAGACCCCAGAGUAGCAAAUAACAGCGCAGAGAUGUCUCUUAAUCUACAGUACGAGGAGAUUGGCAAGGGAUUUGUACAGCAAUAUUAUUCGAUAUUCGAUGACCCGGCGAAUCGUGCGAACGUGGUGAACUUCUACAGCGCCACCGAUUCCUUCAUGACCUUUGAAGGCCAUCAAAUACAGGGAGCACCCAAGAUCCUUGAAAAAGUUCAGAGCCUGAGCUUUCAGAAGAUCAACCGUGUAAUAACCACUGUGGAUUCGCAGCCAACCUUCGACGGCGGUGUGAUUAUAAACGUCCUUGGACGACUGCAGUGCGACGAUGACCCACCACAUGCCUUCUCCCAGUUGUUCGUGCUGAAGGCCAAUGCCGGCACCUUCUUCGUGGCGCACGACAUCUUCCGACUCAACAUCCACAAUUCUGCCUAAGGAAGCACACACCACACACUCUGCUGAACAAAAAAUAUAUAUGAUAUAUCCACACUACACACACUGCAACACUCAAACCCACAUCCAAAGAUGGAGCAAAUGACGAAGCUGCAACAACUGGCUUCCAGGCGACUCAAUGAGCAGAAAGUGUUCUCACGUUUAUCAACAGUGGACAAACUAAACAAAAAAAAAAAAAAAAACUAAACAAAAAAAAGAAACAAACAAAACACACACAAUAAACAAAAAUUAAAUGCUAACUAUUAUUACGAUGUAAACAAAAUGAGCGACGAGCUCGCGAUUUACCUUUA